UUUCGCGGUACGGCUAAGCGUCGCUAGUAGUAGCCCUACAUAAGUAUGUCAGUGUAGCCGGUGGUUUUGCAAUUUGUCCGACUGUUCCGUUGAAAUAAUUAUUGCGAUCGCCACUUUACUUUCUGUAGGCUGUGUUCUAGUAUAGUACUAGCUUCUGUACCUUUUUUUGCUCCAAGCGUGCACGCGCGUGGGCAUGUAAAUAAUUGUAAAUCAGGAAAAUAUCCCUUGGAUAAUAAUUAUAAUAGCCACUGCAAUAGUCGUCGCGCGCUGUGUGUUUCUCAUCGCAUUUCUGGAAUAGGAAAUAUCUAUUGAUUCUGGUAACCGAGUGCUGAUUUGUGAGAAGCUGCAAAGCGGUGUCGAGUGAUACGGGCUGCUGGCUCGUGUCGGAGACCGUGGGUGUGGAUCGUGGAGGGCCCAGUUCAUUGAGACUUGCACUUCUCAGUAGCGUACUUUGCUAAGUCAACUGAAGUACCUUUGGUGAGUUUGGUCCCUAGAAAAGUUCAAUCGGACUCUUCUUCUCUGUGAGGAUGAGAUGAGUGCGUAAAUGGAGUCAGUGGCUGCCAGCCCGGUGCAUAGACUGUUACAGUGUUAGUGUAGCAUUAGUAGUAAUCAGGAAGCAGCAGCAGCAACAACAACAGCAACAGUAAUAUUGGCAUAGCUGGUGUAAUUUGCUAUCAGCAUUUUGCCAGUGGCUGAAGCGGAUCAUGGCAUCCGUGCCGCAGCCCAAUGACCAGCGCACUGCUGUGCCAGUGGAUAAUGCGGAUGCGGCGGCAAGCAGUGUGAAUGGACGAGGGCCGGUGAACGGUCAGCACCACGCAGAGCUCGGCGGCGUCGCCGAGCUACGCCGCGACUCGGUCUCCGUCCUGAUCCGAUCGAACUCGUAUGACCAAGCGAUUUCCGAUGGCGUCACCCUGCCGCAGUACCUCAAGAACGAAGCCGAGAGCAAGAGGGCCAACUGUGCAUCGGCCAGUCCCCUCUGGCAACGCCUGCUGCCGUUCAAUCCAUUCAAGGCAUCCGAGCGGCAGAAAGGCUACCCGAUGUUGACGACAGGCUGGCUGUCGCUGAUCUCAUUCCACUGGGUCAACUACCUGCUGUUGAUUGGCUUCCGGCGUCCGGUGGAGAUGAAAGACUUGUGGAACAUACACCCGGCGGACUCGGCCGACAUAGCCGGUGACCGCCUCAAGGAUGCGUGGCGCCAGGAGCUGCAAAGAGCCAACGGAGAUGUGGACAAGGCGCGCCUGGGACGGGCGUUCUACAAAGCACACGGCCGCGGCAUCCUGCUGGCCAUCUUCUUCAUGUUCCUCUAUCAAGUUAUGUCGUUCCUCUCCUCGUCCAUAUUCGUCUUCCAGCUUGUUCAGUUUACGGAGCGACCUCCCGAGUCGUCCACACUGGCGGAUGGGCUGAUAGUGGCGUUUGCGUUCCUGAUUAAUGAACUCCUGCGCUCGUUCUUCUUCAGCAUACACUGGUACUUUGCACUGCAAUCUGCGCUGCGCUUCCGUGCAGCUCUCAACAUGAUCGUCUUUGACAAGGUGAUGCGCCUGCGUAACUUAGGUAAGAUGACCAUAGGCCAGGUGGUCAACCUGUGCGUCAACGACGGCCAACGCAUGUUUGAGUGCGCCAUGUUCACCGGAUUCAUGGUGGGCGCUCCCACCAUGAGCGUGGCUGUGAUCAUCUACACCGUGCUGCUGGUCGGAUGGCCGGCCGUGCUGGGAUGCGUCACCUUUCUCAUCUUCUACCCCAUCCAGGGAGUGUUCGGCAAGAAGAUCGGCAUGAACCGCCGCAUCGCCAUCGGCAUCACGGACAAGCGAGUGCGCAAGAUGAACGAGAUCCUCAACUUCGUCAAGCUGAUCAAGAUGUACGCGUGGGAGGACGCGUUUGCCAAGCAGAUCGCCAGUGUGCGUCGCGAGGAGCGUCGCUACCUGGAGAAGUCUGCCCUGUUCACGGCUCUGACGUUCUCCCUUACACCGAUAGCACCGGUCGUGGCUGCUGUUCUGACCUUCUCGGUGAAGACGCUCACCGGCGGUAGCCUGACAGCCAGCGAGGCGUUUGCCGUUCUGGCCAGCUUCACGGCCAUGCGCUUCUCGCUGGCCGUGCUGCCGCUCGGUGUGCGUGCUCUCUCCGAGGCCAACGUGGCCAUGCCCAGGGUCAAAGCUCUCCUAGCCUUGCCGGAUAUCGUCAGAAUCAACUCCUCGGUCGGUGCACCGGACGGUUGCAUUGAACUACACGAUGCCUGCUUUGCCUGGGAUGCCCGCCAGGCGCCAGAAAAUGCCGAUGCCAGCAAGCGAGGAGGAGAAAGCCGUCGGAAUAGUCGGCGGGAAUCCACCAGUAAGGUGACAGCAACACAGUCCUCUGUGUCAACGCGGCAAGGACGCAAGGAGUCCACCGCACGGCUGACACUGUCUUCCGCCCAGGAAGAUGAUGAGGCGGAGAUACCCGACACGCUGAUCGGCUUGAAUCUAGCCAUCAAAUGUGGACAGCUCAUCGGUGUAUGCGGUCCGUUUGGCAGUGGUAAAACAUCAGUGCUGACCGCUCUCCUUGGUGGAAUGAACCUGCGGAGCGGCUCAGCGUCUUUGAAGGGCAGUGUGGCAUAUGUAUCACAGCAAGCAUGGAUCAUCAAUGCUUCACUUCGUGAUAAUAUCCUCUUUGGUGCCGCUUGUGACGAAGAGCGGUACCAGCGGGUGCUCUCGGCAGCUGCUCUGCAAGCCGAUCUGAAGAUUCUUCCCGACGGUGACAUGACAGAGAUCGGCGAACGUGGCAUAAACCUAAGCGGAGGACAGAAGCAGCGUGUUUCGCUGGCGCGUGCCCUGUAUGCCGACCGCGACGUGUAUCUGCUCGAUGAUCCACUGAGCGCCGUGGACGCACACGUGGGAGCUCACAUCUUCAAUGAGCUCAUCAAGCGUGAGCUGAAGGGCAAAACGGUGAUGCUGGUGACCCAUCAGCUGCAGUACCUACAGUCUUGCGACAGUGUGCUGAUGAUGACUGCAGGUCGUAUAGCCGAGAAUGGUACCUAUGCCCAGCUGAUGGAAGCCGGGGGUGCGUUCCGUGCACUGAUGGACCAGUACCUGGAAGAAGCGGCGCAGGAGGACGAAGAUGACGACGAUGCCAACGACUCUGUGGAUCAGAUUGAGCGUGUGCUGGAGGUGCUGAAGAGCAACAGCGACAUUGAAACUGUCCAGCGACAGCUCAGCGCUAUAAGCACACGCAGCGGCGAGGAAACUGCCGGCUCACCUACGGACGCUUCGACAACUCGAUCGCCACGGAAACGCAAGGCCAGGGCAAAGAAAGCCACGGAAGAGUUGGCGGCAGCAAAGUCGCCGCAGAAGCUUGUGGAGGCGGAGGACCGCGCUACUGGCUCCGUAGCCUGGUCAACGUAUCUUGCCUUUGCCCGGGCUGCUGGUGGUGUUGCAGUGUCCAUCUUCAUCUUUGUCUGGAGCGUUCUAACGGUGUUAUCAGGUGUGGCCAAUAAUUACUGGGUAAGCUACUGGCUACGAGAGGGUGAUGGCAAUUCUACUAACAACGCUAAUGGAACUCAGGCCACGGUGGGAGAAGACAUCUCUGAGAAUCCAAGACUGGUGUUCUACGUGGGCAUCUACUAUGCACUGUUGGUUGUUGUCACUGUGUUCUCACUGGUGCGAGGCAUCGUCUUUGUCAAGAUCCUCCUCAAAGCCUCCAGCAAUCUGCACAACUAUGUGUUCAAGCGCGUCUUCCGUGCACCCAUGGUCUUCUUUGACACCACGCCGACCGGCCGCAUUCUGAACCGCUUCAGCAAGGAUUUGGACGAGAUUGACACGCAGCUGCCGUGGCUGUUGAGCAACGCCACGCUCAACACCAUCACAAUGACCGGCGCAAUCACCCUCUCGGCCGUCAUCUACCCUAUUCUGCUAGCGCCCAUUGCUGCAGUGCUGGUGCUGUUCGCCAUCGUUCACGUUCUCUACACGCGCGGCAUCCGCGAGCUGAAGCGUCUGGAGAACAUCUCACGCUCCCCGCUCAUCUCCCACCUGGGCUCCAGCAUUCAAGGCCUCGGCACAAUCCAUGCGUUCCGCAAGAACUCGGAGUUUCACGCCAAGUUCAAGCAGCAUCUCGACCAGAACACUAUUGCUUUACAGGGCUUUCAGUCAGUUGCUCGAUGGCUGGCGCUUCGACUUGACCUUCUGGCCACCAUCCUGAUCUUCUUUACUGGUCUCUUUCUUGUCCUGAACAAAGAUGCCGUACCUGUGGCGUUGGCGGGUCUGGCGAUAACCUACAUUGUGCAGAUUGGAGGCUUACUUCAGUUCACGGUCAGAACUAUAUCCGAGGUGCAGGCACGCUUCACUAGCGUGGAGAGAAUCAAUCACUACGCCACCCACAUUGCCAUCGAAGCCGCCGAACACAUCCCGGAGACGGAGCCACCGCCGGAAUGGCCGUCGCAGGGACGAGUCACGUUUGACAAUGUGUGCAUGCGUUACCGUGAGGGCACACCGCAAGUUCUACACGAGCUCAGCUUUGAUGUCAAGGCACAAGAGAAGAUCGGUGUCAUAGGUCGUACUGGCGCUGGAAAGUCUUCGCUGGCUGUUUGCUUGCUACGCCUGGUGGAGCUGGACUCGGGGAGGAUUCUCAUCGAUGAUAUUGAUGUCAGCACACUAGGACUGCGUGACUUGCGAUCCCGCCUCUCCAUUAUACCACAGGAUCCGGUGCUUUUCGUUGGCACCAUCCGUUACAACUUGGAUCCGUUUGACAAGCACAGUGAUGAAGCCCUAGAAAGAGCGCUCCAGCAGACACACUUGAAGGAUACGAUUGAUCAGCUUCCCAAUGGACUGGACACAGAAGUCUUAGAGAAUGGGGAGAACUUCUCCGUCGGUGAACGUCAGCUGAUGUGCAUGGCACGGGCCUUGCUUCGACACAGCAAGAUCCUGAUCUUGGACGAGGCCACUGCGUCUAUUGAUUCCGAGACGGACGCAUUGAUUCAGAAGACGAUACGAGAGUGCUUUGCCAACUGUACUCUGCUGACGAUAGCGCAUCGCCUCAACACCGUUCUCGACAGCGACCGUCUGCUCGUUCUGGACAAUGGCCGUGUGGCCGAGUUUGACACCCCGAUCAACCUGCUCGCCAACGCCGACUCUGUGUUCACCAAGAUGCUGGCCGCUUCUCGGGAAGCGCACGGGCAGUAGUCACGCGCUGCACUGUACGCUACAGUACAAGUGUGCAACAUGCUCUACUCUGUACUGCGUGGCCCCGUGGGUGGGUGUUGCACGUUUGCCCUCGCAAAGGCCCUGAUUGCAUCUUGAGAUGAUCUGAGCACUAUUCAUUUCGUCCCUGGGCCGUCCUCGUUUUGUUAUUCUUGUAGAAACGUGAGAUCCAUUUGUUGUAAUUUCUCCCAAUCUUUUCCGUUUUUAAAUAUCUGUACAUAAAAUAUUAUUGAAGGAUCAUGGUGUUGCGGUACCCGGUGUGCUUGGAGUGUACUAUUUAUGUAGCAAGGGUUUGUUAUCUUAGGAUGGAACUUUUGCAGUAUGCAUUGUUUUCUUCUCUAGAUAUCAUAAUAAUACAUUGAGAUAAUUCUGUCUCGUUCCGACAACAAAUAUUAGGGUUCGAAUCAAAGGGAGCGAUUUCACUGUAUUUUUAUUGUCUAAGAGCCGUAACUGUUUUAUUUACUUCCGCGUACCCUUACAUCCUUUAUGGUACAUUUGAUCUAUUAUUCACGCAACACAUACUCUAUUCAGACUAUUGUAGUUCUUUGCAUCACAGCUGUGCUGUAUCUUCAGCAUUUCAUGAGAUUUUCUCCUAAAAAAUAAAUGCAAAAUUAUUAAUUUUCCCGUUUAAAAAAAUAAAAAUAAAUGCAAUAUUAAUUUUCCCGUUUAAAAAAAUAAAAAAUUAAUAAAUGCAAUAUUAUUAA